AUGGCUGAGUAUAAAUUCGCUGGUUGUGCCGAAAAUUUGUCAAACACUGAAAGAAGUUUAGAUAGUGAAACAUUAACUAUUUUAAAAAUGUUCCGUUCAACCGUUUUAUUGUGCUCAUUGUACUUUUUCGCUCUGACCCCUUAUUUAACACAGCUCGAUGAUACUGGUAUGUUGCAAAAGGAGUCAGUACUGGAUCUCGCCCGGAAGGUAUUCGAUGACGAAGAAGAAAUAAAGAUAAUAGGAGAUUACCUUCACUCCUGCGGCCAUAUAAAUUCUGAAGCAGUCAGUGACGGUGCAAAAGGAUGCGAAAGAGCUAUGCUUGCUCUUAAAUGCAUGCAUGAUAAUGCAUCAAAGGCACUCAGCCCCGAACAAAUAGAGGAGAUCCAAACGAAAUUUGUGGAGGUAGGAGACAGUUGUGUCAAAGAACAUCCCCUCUCUGAAGAGGAUGUCAAGUCAUUCAAAGUGAGAAAGUUCCCUGAGGGGGAGAAUGCGCCGUGCUUCAGCGCUUGUGUGCUGAGGAAAAUUGGUUUCUUUGAUGAUGCAGGCAAUCUUUCUCGUGAAACUGCUAUAGAACAUGCCAAGAAAAUAUUCAAAGAUGGCAAUGAAAUUAAAACGGUAGAAGAAUUCAUCGAUACCUGCUCCAAAGUUCGAUUUUUAAGGAGUAUUAGACAAGAUGGGACAGAAAAUUAUAGACCGACCAUCCACCUUAAUUAG